AUGACAGUCAUGGCAGAAGACAAAGAACUCGGCCAGCCUACAGCUGUUGAGAACGUCACGGAGCUGCACGAAUUCAAGAACGCAGAAGGCUACGUUAUCGACGCCAGCGACCCAGAGCAUGCAAACCUCAAACGAGCUCGCGAUGGCCAUACGAUCCUCUUGCCCCAGCCCUCCGCUGACCCCAACGACCCUCUCAACUGGAGCCGCUUCAAGAAGCACAUCAUCCUGAUCAUAAUCUCCAUGACAGCAUUCCUCCCGGACUAUGGCAGCGCCACAGGAGCAGUCACGUUGCUUCCGCAAGCCGCAAUCUGGAACAUGACCCCCGACCACGUCAAUCAUUCCCAGGUCGGCAACGUCUUCAUGUUGGGCGCUGGGGGUGUUGUCGUUGUGGCGCUGUCGGCCUACUUCGGUCGCCUGCCCGUGCUGUUCUAUUUCAUAGUACUCGCCACAGCGACAGCGAUCUGGUGCGCGGCUGCAAAAUCCUUCGAAUCGUUCAUGGCUGCACGAAUCCUCAAUGGCUUCUUCAGCACUGUUGCUCAAGGCGGCGGUCUCAUGUUCAUCUACGACAUGUUCUUUUUCCAUGAGAGAGCCAGGAAAAUCAACAUCUGGGCGGCAUUUAUCAUUCUCUCUCCAUAUUUCGGCCCAUUAUUUGCAGCUUUCAUUAUCAGCACCCAAUCCUGGCAAGUCCCAUUCUGGGUGUACGUCGCAGAGACCGCCCUCUGUCUCGUCCUGAUCAUCCUGUUCGUCGAAGAAACCUACUACGACCGGCGAAUCCCUCCAGAGUCUCAGCCCCCUCGAGGCAGCCACAUCUCUCGCCUUCUGGGCAUUUCGCAAUGGCGAUCCCGGCACCUGCGCAACUCCUUGUCUCAAGCACUCAUGCGCCCCGUCAAGGUCAUCCUGAAACCCACCGUCUUCAUCUCCUGCUUCUACUACCUCCUGACCUUCGCCUGGGUCGUAGGCAUUAACACCACACUCGCCAUCUUCCUUACCCCUCUAUACAACUUCGGCCCCAAACAGAUCGGAUACUUUUAUUUUACACCCAUCGUCGCCGCGCUUCUGGGCGAAGUCACGGGCCACUGGCUCCACGACUUCAUCGCCACCACUUACAUCCGCAAACACAAGGGCCACUUUGAGCCCGAAGUCCGGCUGUGGGCCAUGUGGGUCUCCACGCCGUUCAUGCUCGCCGGUCUCGUCGGGCUGGGCUUCGCCCUCGAAGAAGGCUUCCACUACAUGGUCACCUCCCUCUUCUGGGGCCUCUACGUCUUCGGCAUCAUGGUCACCACCGUCGGCCUCAACGCCUACAACCUCGACAGUUACCCCGAGGCAUCCGGGGAGACGGCCAGCUGGGUCAACUUCUGCCGCACCACGGGGGGCUUUAUCAUUAGCUACUUCCAAGUCACUUGGGCAAACGCCCAGGGCACAAAAGUCAGCUUUGGCAUCCAGGCCGCCAUUUGCGCCUUUGCCUUCUGUUUGAUUGUGUUUUUGCAGUUCUUCGGGAAGAGGUUGAGGGUUUGGGCUGGCGCCUUGAAUUUUGCAACCUCUUAG